AUGCAUAGACUAGGACAGACAAGGAGCAGAGAUUCUGAGGAAAAUGGAGAUGGAAAUGGUGAAACCAGGAAGGUAAUCACUACUGGUAUGGAGACUAUUUCUGCUCAAGGUGGAAAAAUUGAAUUGCCGAUUGGUAACGACAAGGAUGAACUUCAGACCAAUCAGGAAUCUGCUGAUGCAUUAGACUGGGCAUACGUCAUGACCUACAAGGACUGGAUUACUUCCAGCUAUUUCCAGCAAUGGAUACAUCAAGUCUUCAUCCCCAACACCGCCCCACAAGACCCACAAGAUCAUAGAAUCCUAAUCAUGGACAACCAAGCAAUACAUUACCAUGAAAAGCUUAAACUGAUUUAA